CGAUUAUUUAUUUUUAUUUUAUUAUAAAUCGGUCUGUACAUCAUGCUGCAGUAGGCAUCAAGAGUGUCCUAGUGCAGACACUGUACAGUCCUGUAGCCUAUGAGUGACAGGGAGGUCCCACAACCAGACGACGGGAUCUUGCGAUCGGCUAGACGCCCGGUAGCCCACUUGGCAUUAGGUCUAGAGGGUGACAGGUUACUGUUCUGCCAGCUUAGGGAGAGGCAGCAGCAGCAGAGGAGAGCUAGGGCAGCAGAGGCAAGCGAAGCCGCAGCUUCAACAACCAUGGCAACUUCUGCGAAGCAGGGUUCCCAGGCCAGCAGUUCAGGAACCGUAGGCUCAACCGUCGCACAGACCAUUAGUCAGUCCACUAGCAUCAUGGCAAGCCAGCCGUUAGUGAUGACUCCCGAGGAGGUCGCCAUGCAGCGAGCUGCUGAUCGCGAGGCACCGCUACAGCAGGCUUUAGCAGAGAUUAAGGUAGAAAAAGAAAGAAUGAUUAGAAGAAGAGCUAGGUUGCAGCGGGGACAAGCGGACAUUAGCGAGUUAGAGGAGAUGGACCCAGCGGAGUUGGAUGAUGAAGUGAGGACCCUGAGGUUGGUCUUGCUAGGUGUAGCAGAGAUGCAAGAUCACCAGACGACGAUCUUACAGGACAUCCAACAGAGUCUGGCCGUGUUGGUCGGACGAGCGCAGGCGGCACCAUCGCUGUUCGGGCCUGGUGCCUGGCCCAAACUGGAUGACUUUCUCAAGUUGGUGGAAGACAGGUGGCAUGAUCCUCGGGAGGCCCAAAAGGCUACUGACACGAUCCUGACACUGCAUACGAGGCAGUUUAAGUCAAUAAGAGAGACCACUGACGUUGUAGAGCGUCUGAUCUGUGUCCCUGGGGUUCGCUAUGACCCCCAGGUUUUACUCACCUCCUACAUGAGAUGCUUUCAUAUGCCUAUCAGGAAUCAAUUGCCAGGUGAGGCCAACAUCAACAUGCACAAUUUUUCCUCGUUUAGCAAGAAGGACCUAGACCUGGAAGCAAAGAUAGGGCAUGGACAGACACCCACAACGGACGGUAGGACAAAGUCACUGCCUCCCAACUGGAAAGCAAAGGGACGCAUCAUGUUCGUCGACAGUGAUGGUUCCACCAUCAAAUUAGACGACAACUUCCAGUCAGGAGUGGGUUCAGAGGCCGGCAGUGUAGAAGCUUCAGGGGGUGGAGUAGUCGUUGUCGUAGCUCAAAAAGGUGACCGAAAAGAUCCCGCCUACAAUGGGGAAGGCGUUGGGAUCCUCCGCUCCCGUUGGCAGCAAUGUGGCCAACAGUUCUGGCACUGCUCCGAGAAACGCGUCGGGCCAGUAGGAAUAGUAGUUGUUCCUGCUAGGGUCGAGGUGGUGGACACACCCUCACCAUCUCGAGAGAUGGCCCAAGCUACUGACUCCAUCGUCGUCCCGCAAACGCAUUCUGACCCAUCGAGCCUUUGUUCGAUGAAUGUGUCUGAAUCCUUAGAGGAGCUAGAGGAGGAGUGGUAUAGAUCAGACCCACUAGCUUCUUGGACAGCAUUGGCUAAAGCCCCUACGGGAGAGAUGUUUGUCGGCGAGGUAGUCAUCGGCGGCCUCAAGGUAGGGGCCUAUUAUGACAAUUGCUCGACAAGGAACUUCAUCAGUCGCGCGUGCAUUGAGAGGUUGCGCUUACAGGGGCAAGUGCAGCGCCUGAGUCAACCUGUGGAGUUGACCUGUGCCAACAAACAGCGCAUGGUAGUUAAUGACUACCUUCAGAAUGUUGAGUGUUGUUUCCCUUACGCAGGAGGGGAACUUAGACAUCAUGUUUCGUUCCUAGUGAGCGAUGAUCUCCCCAUGGAUAUCUUGUUAGGUAUGUACUACCUCUCCGUAGCACAGCCCCAGUUUGACUGGGACCGAAAAGUGGUCAAACACACUUUGCUAGGUGGAGGGACCUCCAUAUUACGUAAGUUCAAAGCUAGUAGUCUGAUUGAGUCCUACGGAUGCAUGUGUGCGGCCGCGUUCUAUAAUUAUCAUAGGCAAAAUCCGGAGGAGGGUAUGUAUCUAGUUUAUGUCUCUGCAGCAGACGAGCCGGUGAAAAUGCCGUCGGCAAUAGAGGGAGUACUUGCCAAAUACCCUGAUCUAUUUGAAGAGCCAACAGGGGUUGUUGAGAGGGAGGUCGUCCACGUGAUAGAAAUUAUCCCAGGGUCUAGCAUCCCAAAGGGUAGGAUCUAUCGGAUGUCUCCAGGCGAGCUUGAUGAGCUUCGCAGACAACUCAAGGAACUCGUAGAGAAGGGUUGGAUCCGGCCUAGUGUCUCUCCUUAUGGUUCUCCAGUCUUAUUUGUACCAAAGAAGGGAGGCACUCUAAGGAUGUGCAUUGACUAUAGGGGCCUCAAUGCCAUCACUGUUAAGAACCGAGAGCCCCUACCGCUAAUCGACGACUUGUUAGAUCGAGUGCAAGGGUGUCGGUACUUCAGUAAAAUAGAUCUGAAGUCCGGGUACCAUCAGAUUGCUAUACGGCCCGAGGAUCAGCACAAAACCACAUUUCAUACCAGGUACGGUCUGUACGAGUUUGUGGUGAUGCCUUUCGGCCUUUGCAAUGCUCUUGGCACCUUUCAGCAUGUGAUGAAUCGGAUAUUUCAUGACUACUUGGACAAGUUUGUCAUCGUGUACCUCGAUGACAUAUUUAUCUAUAGUAGGACUGUUGAAGAGCACGUAGCUCAUUUGGACAAAGUCCUUAGUCUCCUUCGACAACACAAGUUCAAGAUCAAUCGUGAGAAGUGCGAGUUUGGCCGCACCCGUAUCUUGUACUUGGGUCAUGAGAUUUACGCGGAGGGAUUGAAGCCCGAUAACGCGAAGGUGGCCAGCAUUCUUGACUGGCCGCGUUCUCAGUUUGUGACUGAGAUGAGGUUUUUCUUAGGGAUGACCGACUACUACCGCAAAGUUGUUAAGAACUAUAGCAUGGUGGCCGCCUCUUUGACUGACCUGACCCGCCUUGACACCCCGUGGGAGUGGACAAACUGGUGCGGGGCUGCGUUCAGACAUAUGAACCAUGCGUUAACGCAUCAUGAGGUCUUGAAACUUCCUGAUCCUAACAAACCGUUCAUAGUAACCACGGAUGCCAGCCAAUAUGGCAUUGGUGUUGUGCUAGCGCAUCACGAGGGGCCAAAGUUGAGGCCUGGUGAAAGCUUGUCCAUGGAUUUCAUGGAUACGUUGGUCACCAGCAAGAGUGGAAUGCGCUACGUCUACGUCAUUGUGGAUAGGUUUAGUAAGUACGCUAGGUUAGUCGCAAUGCCUGCAACAGCUAAAACUGAGUAUGUGAUCAAGUUGUUCAAGGAGAACUGGGUCAGAGAUUUUGGACUGCCUCAGUCUAUAAUUAGUGACCGGGAUGUGCGAUUCACCAGUGAACUGUGGAAAGCUGCAGCUGCAGAACAGGGCACGCAAUUGCAAAUGACAUCAGGCAAUCACCCAGAGGCGAAUGCGCAGGCAGAGCAGUUGAACCGCGCUGUACAGCACCUGCUUAGGCAUUACACCACGCCAAAUCAGGUAGACUGGGAUGAGAAACUCGCUAGCCUAUACAACAACGUUGUGCACAGCGCUAUGGGAGUGAGCCCGAACAGCCUGCUAUUGACUUUCAAGCCUAGACUGCCUAUGGAUUUCCAACUACCUGAGAAUCAGCCAUCCGCUGCACCAGGAACCUUAGAGUUUGCCUAUCGGUAUGAGCACUUGAUGCAGCAGGUUGUUGAGCAAAUGCAUAAAGCACAGGCGGCGAUGAUAGAGUCAGAGAACAAACAACGCCGCCCAUCUACAUUUCAGGUGGAGGAGGAGAAGCAGGAGGAGCACGAGGACGAGCGAAAGAAGGAGCGGGAGGAGGAACGGGGGAAAGAGCAGGGGAAGCAGCGGGAGAAGGAGAAACAGCACGAGGGAGAGCGGGAGAAGGAGAAGGAGGAGGAGAGGGAGGAGCAGCAGGAGAACGAGCGGGACCGGGGCUAUCGCGGGAUCUUUGUCACGUUGUUUGGCGGAGGAGUGGGAGGGGGAGGAGGAGGAGGAGGGGGAGUGGGAGGAGCAGGAGAAGGAGCGGGAGGAGGUGUGGGAGGAGCGAGGAAGGAGCAGGAGCAGGGCUAUGGCAUGGGAAGAGGAGCAGGAGGAGGGGGAGGAGGAACGGGGGGAAAAGCAGGAGAAGCAGCGGACGGAGGACGAGCAGCAGGAGGAGUGGGAGAAGCAGCAAGAGAGGGAGCGGGAGAAGGAGAGGGAGGAGGAGAGGGAGGAGGAGCGGGAGAUGAGCGGGAGCGGGGCUAUGGCAAGAUCUUUGUCACAUUGUUUGGCGGAGGAGGAGCGGGAGGAGGAGGAGGAGGAGGAGGAGUGGGAGGAGCGGGAGGAGGAGCGGGAGGAGGAGCGGGAGGAGGGGGAGGAGGAGGGGGAGGGGAUUCGGGAUGGGUAUCGUACCUGCUGAUGGGUGCAGCUACCACAUGUUCCCUAGUUGGAGGCUUGAACACGGAUGCAGCUACUACGGGGUUCCUGUACGUAAUACUAUAAUGACAAUAAAAAAAGGCGUGAAAG